ACACUUGCUUUUUGUGUGAAGGGGGUGAACAAUCCUGCCUGUCUUUCCCAAAAUAAGCCAGUGGGAGAGCGAUCGAGGAGUCAGCCAGGGAGAUUGGUCCAACGAGGUGCACGGCCCCUGGUUAUAAGUCCUGGAAGUGGGAGUGCACCCUGCUCGGACCCAUAGCUCAAGAUACCUGACUAGCCUGAUUAGCAGUCUCACUCCACUUUUGCUCGCUCUCUCUCCCUCGCUAUCCCGCUCCUACCCUCCUAUUUUCCACCCUGGAGUGCUGGAGUGCAUAGAUUGGGAAGGUGCUCCCCAGACCUGCUUGAAGAAGGCACAGAGAGGAUUUUCCCCCACUUUUUUUCCCCCUUGUCCCAUCCUCUCAAAUUCACUCCUAAAUCACAUGGAUUGAUUUCUUCAAAAUUUUUUGCCGGAGACAAAACUUUAAAAAGGCAGUUUGCCGCACAUGCAGUUGAAUUAAUUUUCUUUUUUUGUGUGUUUUUUUUUUUCUUGGACUGAUUCAAGGUGCCGCUGCCAGAGACAUUUUUGGACUUCGCUGAACAGCUGAUGCCGCCCCGUCCCAUGGGAGACACACAUGGCUGAAGGAGGGAGGUAGAAAACAAGAUCCGCUUUGAAGAUCACAGUGCAGCACCCCCCCUGCCGCUGGGACACUCUAAGGAGAGAAAGUUCUUUGUGUGUGUGACAUCGGUUGCCGCCCACCAUGCUGUUGGCCUCUGUCUGUGUGCUCCUAAUGCUGGGGGGUCAUGUUCGUGCUGGAGGCUACCCCCCAAUGCCUCACAUGAAGUACAUGCAACCAAUGAUGAAAGGCCCCGUCGGACCACCAUUCAGAGAAGGCAAGGGACAUUAUGUCGACAUGCCACCCAUGGUAGAUGUGAAGGGGGAGCCAGGACCCCAAGGAAAACCAGGACCAAGAGGUCCCUCUGGGCCACCAGGGCCACCAGGAAAACCUGGACUAGGGAACCCGGGCCUCAAUGGGCAGCCAGGUCCCCAGGGCCCCCCUGGUUUUACAGGAAUCGGUAAACCAGGACUUCCGGGAUUACCAGGAAAGAUUGGGCCAAAGGGCAUGCCUGGACUGAAUGGCGAGGUUGGUCCUCGUGGUGAACCAGGCCCCAGGGGUCAACCAGGGCAGCCGGGACUGCCAGGCCCAGCUGGCUUGUCUCUAAAUGGAAAACCUGGGCUUCCAGGCAUCAGAGGCCCUCCUGGUACACGGGGAGAACCAGGAUUAAAAGGCACUUCUGGCCCUCCAGGUGAGCGUGGCAUUAAAGGUGAGAAUGGAAAUGGGACUCCAGGACCUCCUGGUGUAAGGGGUCCCCCUGGAUUGAAGGGUAGUACAGGACCACCUGGUCUUACAGGCAUUGGUAAACCUGGACCAAAAGGUUUGCCUGGACUGUCUGGUGCUAAAGGUGAUCAGGGACUUCCAGGGGAUCAAGGGGAACCAGGAGAGGUCGGGCCUCCAGGGCUACAAGGUCAACCAGGUCCUGUGGGCAUAGGGAAGCCUGGAAUUGAUGGAUUACCAGGAGCGCCAGGUCUCAUAGGUCAAAAAGGUGAACAAGGGCUGAGAGGUUCGCCAGGAUUUCCUGGUACUCCAGGCUAUGGAAAACCUGGUCUAAGUGGGCCAAAAGGAGAAAAGGGACAUAAUGGGCUGCCUGGUCUUCCUGGAGACAAAGGAGAACAAGGAAUGGUGGGCCUAAUUGGAGAACCAGGUCUUGAUGGACAACCAGGACCCCCUGGACUUCACGGGCCAAUGGGACUCCCAGGAAAACAUGGUAUGCCAGGGCAGAAGGGAGAACUUGGCCCCCAAGGCCCUCCAGGGCUUCCUGGACUCAGAGGUGACCAGGGUCCCAGUGGAAACCCGGGAAAAGCCGGUAUACCUGGGGACAAAGGCCUACCGGGGCCAAAUGGAGCAAUUGGAAAACCUGGGCCCAAAGGUGAAGCAGGACAUAUUGGUCUACCUGGUAAUCCUGGGCUCACAGGUGGUCCAGGGUCUAAAGGUGAGCCAGGAUUUAUGGGUACACCUGGCCCCAGAGGUCAGUCAGGUAUUCCAGGUCUUCAGGGGCCUAUGGGUCCCAUGGGGCCACAGGGGGCCCCGGGCUUGAAGGGUGAGCCUGGACUCCCAGGACUUCCAGGACUGGGUAAAUUGGGCGAGAAAGGGCCUAUAGGUCCACAAGGUCCUCCAGGGAAACCAGGCCCUGCUGGACUUAAUGGUAACCCUGGUCUCCCUGGGCCUCCGGGGCCCCCGGGUCCUCCAGGAAAUGGUCAAACAGUUGUAGCAGGUCCAACAGAUACUCAGUUGGAAGGAGGUGAAGUGCCAGGAGACCGUAAGGGGCCAGCAUACAGUCAAAUUCCACUCUCUGCCUCUUUAGCGCCAGCCUUCACCGCCAUCCUCACCAAGCAUUUCCCUCCCUCUGGUAUGCCAAUCAUGUUUGACAAGACUCUGUACAACGGGCAGAAUGCCUACAGUCUCUCAACUGGCAUUUUCACUGCUCCUCUAUCUGGUGUCUACUACUUUGCGUACCAUGUGCAUGUGAAGGGAACUAGCCUGUGGGUGGCCUUGUACAAGAACAAUGUACCGGCUACGUACACUUACGAUGAAUACAAGAAAGGCUACAUGGACCAGGCGUCCGGCAGUGCUGUCCUCGAGCUGAAAGAAGGCGACCAGGUCUGGGUCCAAAUGCCCUCGGACCAGGCGAACGGCCUCUACGCUACCAAGUACAUCCACUCCUCUUUCUCAGGAUUCCUGCUCUGUCCCACAUAACCCUGCCCAUCGGUUCCAACAUGGUCCUGCAGACCAAAACCUACAAAAAAUACUUGCAGCCAUACACAUUACAAAAACAAUCAGUCGUAGUGCUUCAGUAGUAGUUUUACGUCCUUUUUGUCUCUUUUACAGCCAACAGCAUCAGAAGGAAGAAGAAAGAUUUCAAUGGCAGAGGAAUUUUAUUCAGUGUUAUUUGUUUUGUUGUGUUUUUUUGGGGUUGUAUUUUUAUGUUAAUUAUUGCCAUUGUUUUAUUAUUAUUUGGGCCUUUCUCUAAGUGUUGUUUAUUAUAGUAAGACUGUUCGGUGCAUUCAUAUAAGGACUAAUAUCACCUGACAUUUUGCGGAGGGGAGGUGUUUUUCGUAACCUGACGUAAUUAGCAACACCAUCGACAGACACUUGUAAAUAUCGAAAAACUGUGCCAUUUCUUUUUCACUUUAGUCCAGUUUCUCAUUAAAAAUCACAAAUGAUCCAUUUUUUACAAGACAUAUUGACAGUUGGUUGCUUUCUCUCUCAAUUUAGUCGCUGAUAAAUUGUGUUUCUUUUGUCGUUUACUACUUAAUUUAUUGUAUUCAAGCAUCCAAAAAUGCAAUCUAGUGAUGCAGUCCAACAUGAACGGGACUUCACAGUAUUAAACCAAGGCAAUAUCGAUUGCACGGACAUAAUGUUUACAUUACAUAACUACGCAUGGAACGUCACAAUUAAAGCUGGGUCAUUCAGUGUGUCUUCCAUGGUCAUCUUUAGCAAAGUCUGUGCAAGCAUACAAGAGGAAAUAUAGAACCAAAUACAGUGGAACCUCGGUUUUCAAUGCGUGUUUCACCUCGGCGGACGAUCGGAGCUGUGUACUUGCUCAGUUGAACCUGAUUGCCAAUGUCAGCAGCAGGUACAAUCCUCAUUACACGUCCCUUGAACCGUCCCCUCUUAAACCUGUGUUAACAAAGAAACCCUGACAUGAGUACGUCAUACUUUGCCGUGGAUUCUUUCUUGAAUUCAAUGUGUUCCUCACCUUCAUCAGAGUUCCGGCACUUGCAAAUUUUGUGUGGUUAACAAAAAAAAAAAAAGCAGUACUCUUGAACACUUCAUUAGCGUACAGCGCACUGAG